UACGGUUCGAGCAGCUGUCUAUUUUUUGGCAGCUGGGCAAAACAGAGUCGCCCUUUUGUGCGGCAAAAACCAGUUGCCCAGAAACACAAAAUGAACCAGUCGUCGCCGCUUGAACAAAUUCGCAUCCAGAAACGGUACGAGCUAAAAUGGGGCCAAAAGACGCACCGCAAAAAGGAGCUCGACCGCAACCGGGCCGGUCUGGGCGAGCUGGAACACUCGAUCGGUGUGAUCGAGCACAUUACGGAGCAGGAAAUCAAGGGACUGGCGGGUCGUAUCAAGCGCCGAAAGCGCUGCGAUCCGUUGGACCUGGUGCGGCUUAGCUACGGGUUCCAGCAGAGCCGGGAAAACAUUGCCCACUUUAUCCGCACCACCGGUGCGAUCAACGUGAUAGUGAAGGAGCUGACCGGGCACGACUACAACCUGCAACUGCUGGCGGCCGAGUGUCUGUGCAAUCUGUCGCUCGGGGACGAUGUGUGCUGCGAAAAGAUAGCCAACUUUGCCGGCACCUACCUGAUAGCGCUGGCGGAAAAUCCCAACUGUCGGCCAUUGCAGGAGACGUGCUUUUGGACGCUGCAAAACAUCGUCGGCUCGAGCCCGAAAGGAAGCAAGCUGCUGUUCUCGCAGGGGCUGGUGGUGGUGCUGGUCCGAUUGCUGUCGUCGGUGACCGAGCAGGAAGCGGCGGAUGAUAUUAUUUUAACGUUAGAAUUAGCACUCAACUACGAGCAGGAAAUUGAACCUGCAACACUCACACAAAUCGUGCAAUGCUUCGUCGGAAGGCAGCUGCAUCCAAGCAGUCUCCGAUUGCUGUACAAAUGUUACGGUCUAUCCAGCUCGGAGCUAGUCUGUCAUGACUCGUCGUCGUCGAUUAUUCGGCAAUGUCUGGACUUUCUCUUCAGCGUACACGACCUUCAUCUUCCAACACACGCGGCCUCUAUUCUACUCUCGAUACGUAUACUUGCUUACCAGGCUUCCGCCGGCACACGGCAGGUGGAAGAAAUCCUUCGCUAUCAGCUGCAGAAGAGCGUGCUGAAGCUUUCACUGCUCUUUAACGACUGUGCCAAGGAGGAGAUGCUUCCCGUGUGCAAGGAAUUCCUGUGGCUGCUGGGACAGCUCCAUAGCAACGGAGGUGCCUGUGCAACCACGGCGGAACUGUUGCAAGCGUAUCUCGCCUAUGACAACUUCGUUGAAGCAAUUUGCGUACCAAAAGCGUUGCUUUGAACGACCCCUUGGGAAACGAAUCGUUUCCCUCUUCUGUUGUGUAGAAAUUAAUUAUGAACUAUUGAACUAUUGAACUGUGAAAUUAAACACGUAUGAAAAUGUUAAUUGAAA